AUCUCAUACUCACCUGUGUAGUAAACCAGUCAGCAAUUUUAUACCAAGAAAUAUUUUGGAAUACUAAUUCUCCUGACUAUUAUUUUUUACUUGUCCCUGUAAGGAUCGCCUACAUUUCAUUGUUGUCCUCAGGUCUGUGUUUGAAAUGACGAUUAUCGCCCGCUUCUUUGAGGUGAUUUAUUGGAUGGUGGCGGUUCUUCUAUUGAAUCAAGAACAAAUUGGUCCCGAGAGAUUUCAUGUUGACGGAAAAUGUAUUCCACAAGGGGCUACUAAUGCAGGUCCGACGUACGGUACAAUCGAGGCUGCAGUCGUUGUAAGUUCUGAAUUAGCUUCUUCCUUCACGGAAAUGGCUGGCCACGAGCAUCGACACCUCCUUGACUACUUGCGCGUCUUAUUUUCGGCCGUCAACCUCAACCUGCAGAGGACUGACACAGAGAUUCUUGACCUGCAACUUGUAGUUACUGACAUUAUAGUGCUCAAGGAAUAUUCAGAAUUUCUCAACGAAAGGUUCUCAAAGAACCAUGACCUAAUCGCAGCGAGCUCACCGUUUCGUUUGACAAACUACAUGAAGACCCAGCCCCACGUAUUUUUUGGUAUCGAUGCAGUGUUAUACCUUAGCAGCCGUAUGUUCGGUCGUCAGGAUAAAGGACGCACCACCACAGCCAAAGGUAUGGCAUAUACUGGUUGCGCCUGCAGCGACCUUGGUGGUGCCUUAAUAUAUGUCGAUUCAAACACAAUGAGCAGCGCAGCGACUCUUACCCACGAAAUACUUCAUCUCGUAGGCUCAGUACAUGAUACAAAAGCCGCACCCGUUUACCUUAAGGAUAGCCCUGGAGCACUAAAUUGUCCGGAUGAUCGAAAACUUAUUAUGGCAGAAUACUUUCAGCCACAGCAAGACUCCUUCCUCCAAUUGUCUACUUGCACCCGCGAUCAAGUUAUGGCGUUUCUAAGAAGCUCACGGGGUAAAUGCCUUUUAAAUAAGCGGUCGCGACGGUGGCCACCGCUGUCUGAAGCAAACCUGCGCAAGCCCAUCGUGGAUGCAGGCAGGUAUUGCAAAUACCUCUACCGUAAUUCUAGUGUGGAACACCUGCCGUAUUACAGCGAGCAACACAACAUUGGAAACUGCAUUGUGGUUUGCACAACAAUUGGUGCAGAUGGAGAAAAAGUACACCACAUGCAUUCAGCACCAGAUUACACAGAUUGUAGCGCCAUUGGUGGUGGACAAAAGGUCUGCAAAUAUCAGAUUUGCAUGGAGGUUCCACGUAAACAACCACCAUUACAUGAGUGGAUAAUGAAUCUCACAAGAGCUAACAUUCAGGUAUCUGAUGCCUUGAAAGAAUCAGACACGGAUAAAAUGUCGGACCUUCGAGCCCCACUUGAAAUAUAAAUAAUAAAUACACACAAUAUUUUA